UUCAUUCACCUACUUUGUUUUCAUUUGGAUGGGUGCUAUUUUGGUGUCUUUCUUUUUCUUUGUUUAUAAUUUUUAGAUUCAAUACACAUUACGAUGUAUAACUAAAAAUGUCAUUGAACGUUGUGUGAGGCUGAUAAACAGUGCAAUUGUGUCAAUAUAACUGUCCAAACGGCGUACUCAACCUCAGUAGAGAUUAGUUCGUCGCGGCGGCUUUUGUUAUCUCGUAUAUCGGGACAUCCCAACAUCUUAGUGAUUAUUUAUCUUUUCUAUUUAGUUCUUGUUCGCCUCUCGUAACGGUGUAGACCAAUAAAUUGAUAAAUAAAUGACGCCCUAAACUUCGAAAAUCUUAAAUUACAAACUUUAUUCAAGAGCUGUCACUGGCUGGUUCAGUGCGAAUUUAAGAGAAAAGUUUAAGUAAAAGAUAAAACUUUAAAUUCAUAUUUGAAAAUGGAAGCUGGAAGCACAGUUGUGGCGGGAAUGUUUCCUGAAUAUUUGUACAGUUUUAUUGAAGAACUGGAUGAGCACCCUUGGUUGUUCUCAGCCCUGGCCUCUAUGUUGGUGGGGCUCAGUGGCAUCCUGCCGCUCCUUAUCAUACCCAUAGAUGAGACAGCAUCAUUCGAAGAUGGAGCCGGCGCGGCGACGCUACGCAUCCUGCUGAGCUUCGCCGUGGGCGGGCUGCUCGGAGACGUGUUCCUGCAUCUGCUGCCCGAGGCCUGGCAGCAUGACAUGGCCAGUACUAAAGAAGGCGAUCACAUAUCCAUGAAGAGCGGGCUCUGGUGCCUAUUCGGCAUGCUGGUCUUCAUCAUAGUGGAGAAACUGUUCGCCACGUCGGAAGAGGGUGAUCAGGAUACACCCCCGCCUAAGGCUAAGCAGAACGGGUCUAUUAAACAGCUGGAGAUUGAGGAGAUCGAUAAGUUGCUAGACGUGGAGCGCAGACAGCGUGCCAAGUUCAGCUCUAAAGUGGAGGGCGCGGCCGCACUGCCCGUCUGCGGGGACAACGACGUCACGGCCAAACAACUGUACGAGUCCUGCAUGUUCAAUAACAACGGGAAUGGCGAAGGCGCCUGCUGCAACGCCACAGUUAGCUCUAAAUGCUCUAAAGGCGGUCGCUGGAUGGGCCGCUGCAUACUGCGGGAGGCCAAGGAGAAGGCGCUGCUAGUGAACACCAAGACUGACGAGAAGGACCCUAAUGCUGCUAAACAUGUGGCGGGCUACCUGAACCUGAUGGCGAACUCGAUCGACAACUUCACGCACGGGCUGGCGGUGGGCGGCUCCUUCCUGGUGGGCUUCCGCGUCGGCGUGCUCACCACCUUCGCCAUACUAGUGCACGAAAUACCUCACGAGGUGGGAGACUUCGCCAUUCUGCUCAAGAGCGGGUUCUCGCGGUGGGAGGCCGCUAAAGCACAAUUUGCGACAGCGUCAGCGGGUCUGAUUGGCGCCAUGACUGCAGUCAUAUUCAGUGGAGCCAGGAAUGCUAUUGAGGCGAAAACAUCCUGGAUAGUCCCGUUCACAGCCGGCGGCUUCCUCCACAUAGCUCUAGUCACAGUGCUGCCCGACUUACUCCGGGAACAGGACAAGCGACAGUCGCUCAAGCACCUCGCCGCCCUGCUGGCAGGGAUAGCAGUGAUGGCUGUCAUGACGCAUUACUUCUAGAGUUGGGGGAAUGAGUGUGUUGUGUGGUUUUCUACCGGCGAGGCGAGGAGACGAGGUAGAAUUUAUAUUUGUAUAGAGUAUUGUCAAUUCUCUUAGCGCUUCUGCCAGAAAUAUAAAUGAUAGUUAAGGUGGCUAACAUUUAAAUGCAAUUAAAUCAAUUGCUGUCUUGCUUUGACGGUGUAAUGUCAGAGCAACAGAUCAUAGAUUUAAUUUUGAUUAACUUUUUGGUGCAAGUGACUCUAAGAUUUAAAAGAUUCCCACAAAUUUUCAUCCAAUUCUUGUCUCGCUUUGCCGUGGAAACCCACUUUAGUCGUGAGCGAGUUAAGAAAAGUGCAUACAUGUUGAGCUGGCUGGGGUUUUCAGUGGCUCGAUAAAUGUUAUAUUAUUUCUAUUCUUGAUAUUCUGUCAGUUUCACACCUGAAAAAGUCAAGUUGAACUUGUGUAUAUGAAAGGUUUGAUAAUGUCGUUGAAUAGCACAUGAGUUCAUUACACAAGUGGCCAUUAUCACCAGUGAAAUAUUGUAUGUAAUUCAACAAAUGUUAUCACGUGAGUUGAGUAUCAUACUUGAUGCUGAACCAGUAGCCAGAUUUCUACGUCAGUGCGAUAUUUUCAUAAGUAAUACAGUUGCCUCUUGUAAACUAUGAGGCCUGUACAAUGGUACAGAACUGUUUAGUUAAACCUGUGCUAAGUUGGUCCUUAUUGAAUCAAAUGGAUUCAUACUUUUAUAUGCAAUAGUUUUAAGAUAUAACAAAAGAUUCUUUUACAAUCAAUAUAAACUUCAUAAUAUAUAUUACUUUACUUUGUAUUUUGAAUACACCAAAUAUACUCUUGCUAUGUUUUAAAAUUGUACAUACAUAACUUAAGCAAUAACAUUUAGUCGCGAUCACUUGUACAAAACCCAUAUUUUAUCAUAGAUAUUAUGGAGCGAUAGAUCAAAAUCAUUAUAGAUUCACUUGUUACCUCGACAUACAUUUAAAAUACUCUGCUGAAUAUAAGCUUCUAUACCUCCUAGCACUUACCCAUGGUACUUACUAAGAAAGUAAUGAUUGCUUCUAUCGUUCUAUGCACAUCUAUGAUUUAGUCGUUAACUAUAAGGUAGACAGCCAUACUUGUACCAAACAUUUGUUGUAAAUAAACACUCCUUUAGAUGUAGCGAAAAACUAGUUUUAUAGUACAAAUUUUACUCCACUAUCUAGUGAUAGACAUUAUUAUUAGUUAGGUUUCGUACUUGAGGUAAAACGAAAAAAGUAUUUUAUUUAGACAUCUAGCCUGUAGUGCAGAUAAUAGGGAUGAAAAAUGAUAAAUCAUUAUGUAUCAUUCGUAGUUUCAUAAAAAAUCAUUGAAUCAAAGAGAUUCGCACAAAAUAACGAAUCCAUUGGAUAUUAUUAUCAUCACAAUGAAAAGUUUGCCAUAUUUUUCAAUUUUAGUUAGAUUAUUAGAAAACUAAACAGGAUAUACCUACUCUUUUAUAAGGUAAAGCCAGUUAUUAAUAUCAGUUUCGAUUCAAUUAUUGUAUUGUUUUUAUUAUACUAGUGCGUUGCAUUUCCUUACAUUAGAUUUUCUUGAACAUUUUUAUGUUUACGUUUAGUUUUAUUAAGUAUAUAAAUCAAGUUAUGUGAUAAACAAAAUAUGCCAUUUACGAGUAUUGUCUUGUUUUAAUCAUCGUCCGUUGACGAUGAGAUAAAAAUUAUAAUAUGUUUGAGAAUAAACAAUCAUGAUUA